AGUUUGCUUACGACAGAGAGUAAGCGCCAGCAGUUUCUCCGACAGCGCUGUAGCCAGACUCUUAUGCGGUAAAUUGACCGCGCUUUGCUGAAUAGUAGCAGUAGAAAAGGAGGCCCAGUUCCUACUAAGCCGCUGUCACCGCUAUGCCCAAGAAUAAAGGUAAAGGAGGUAAAAACAGGCGCAGAGGUAAGAAUGAGAAUGAAUCUGAAAAAAGAGAAUUGGUGUUUAAGGAGGAUGGGCAAGAGUAUGCUCAGGUAAUAAAAAUGUUGGGAAAUGGACGAUUAGAAGCAAUGUGUUUUGAUGGUGUAAAAAGGUUAUGCCAUAUCAGAGGAAAAUUGAGAAAAAAGGUUUGGAUAAAUACCUCAGACAUUAUAUUGGUUGGUCUACGAGACUAUCAGGAUAACAAAGCUGAUGUCAUUUUAAAGUACAAUGCAGAUGAAGCUAGAAGUCUGAAGGCAUAUGGAGAACUUCCAGAACAUGCUAAAAUUAAUGAAACGGAUACAUUUGGUCCUGGAGAUGAUGAUGAAAUCCAAUUUGAUGAUAUUGGAGAUGAUGCGGAAGACAUUGAUGAUAUCUAAACUGAACUCAAUGUUUACAUUCCAAGUUUUCUGAGGAUUGUUCUACUGUUGGGAUUUUGGACAUCACCUGUUAAGAAGAUUAAAAUUAUUUGGCAUGUAGAAAUUCAUUUAGAGUAUAAAUGAAGCAGACUGACUUAUUUUCAUUGUUUUAAAGUAUUUAUUGUAUUUCUUUAAAAGCUGAGGAUGCUUCAUUAUCUUAAGUGAAAUGUUAAUACUUUGUUGUUUUGAUGUAAUGGAACUUAGGGCUAAAAGAUUGUAAUAUCUGCUGUUUACUUCUGUGACUGCUUCAUAUCCAGUUUGCCUUACAGUUAUUGUGGAUUAUAAUAUAGGCCCUAGUUCCAACUAAUCUGUUUGGCUGUAGAGAGUUUUUUUGUAUGUUCUAGUAACCUAGAUGUUCCUUUGAGAUUUUUGAUAAAAUUUAGGAAAAACAGAUACCUUAAUUUGGAAUCAAAAAAUAUAAGGAUUUUUUCAUAUUUAUGUAGCCAUAUGUAUUUUUAUACUAUCUUUGAUACCUUAUACAUUUUCAUCAGUUUAUGUUGCCACCAUCCCUAAGGAAAAAAGCAUUUCAAAAAUGCAGUUUUUAAAACAUUAUAAUUUUAAAUUUGUAAGAUACGUAGAAAUUCAACACUAGAUAUUAACCAAAAUUGGAAAUAUUGAUAUCAUUAAUUGACAAUGUUGUUACUUAACCUGCGGAAAACUUUUUAUGGUAAGGUACAUGGAAUAUUUUUUACUAUACAAAAUAGGGUAUCUUAAAAGAUGUCAUUUUAUUUUUAAAAGUAUGCAUUGUAACUCUCGGUUUUGGGCUUUAUGAAAAAUUAAAUUGCAAUUUAUUAAUGAAAAACUAAUUUCAUAAUAAAUUCUACAUUCUGAGCCUUUGUCAAAUUAUCCCUAAACUGGGAUAAAGAAAGGGAACAAAAACCAAAAUAUGGGUUCUGUUUUCUGAAUGGAAGCACCACAGCUAAGUAAUAUAAUAAAGUGCCAUGUUGAGUAUAGUUUGACCUUG